GUCUCACACCCUCGGCAUCGGCAUCCCCAGCGCCAGCCCCGCAGGUCGGGGGGCUCCUCGGCGGCAAGUUUCCUCGGGGCAGGGGGACGAAGUUGCGCGGGGGCGGCCCGGUUUCGGGGUGCUGUGUGUGUGUGUGUGUCCCCCUCCCGCCCCUCUCCCCGCUUUGUUCCCGGGAGGAUGCAGCGCGCGUAGCCCCGGCCGAGCCGGUGGGGCCGCAGCGGGGGCAGGGGCAGCCCUCCGCCGGAAAACUCCGCGCCGCCCCUCUUCCUCCUCCUCCUCCUCCUUCCUCCUCCUCCUCCGCAGAGCCCCGGCGCGGAGCGAUGCUUCCCCGGGCGGCGGGCGGCGAUGGAGCGGGGCGGUAGCGGGGGGCCGCGGUGCCGAGCAGCCGCCCGCUGCCCCUGAGCGGCGGCGAGGAGGAGGAGGAGGAGGAAGGCCGGGUUGUGCGAGCGGACCGCGGCCAUGGAGGAGUGGCGGCAGUGCGGCCGCUGGCUCAUCGACUGCAAAGUUUUGCCCCCCAACCACCGGGUGGUCUGGCCCUCGGCGGUGGUCUUCGACCUGGCGCAGGCGCUGCGGGACGGGGUGCUGCUCUGCCAGCUGCUCCACAACCUCUCCCCCGGCUCCAUCGACCUCAAGGACAUCAACUUCAGGCCGCAGAUGUCCCAGUUUCUCUGUCUGAAGAACAUCCGAACCUUCCUAAAAGUGUGUCAUGACAAAUUUGGGUUAAGAAACAGCGAUCUCUUUGAUCCCUUCGACCUCUUCGACGUACGGGAUUUCGGAAAGGUGAUCUCUGCAGUAUCCAGACUCUCCUUCCACAGUAUUGCUCAAACCAAAGGAAUUAGGCCCUUCCCGUCGGAGGAGACCACGGAGAACGAUGACGACGUCUAUCGGAGCCUGGAGGAGCUGGCGGACGAACAUGAUCUGGGGGAGGAUAUUUACGACUGCGUCCCCUGUGAAGAUGAAGGCGAUGAUAUCUAUGAAGAUAUCAUCAGAGUGGAAGUUCAGCAGCCCAUGAAAAUGGGAAUGACAGAAGAUGACAAAAGAAAUUGCUGUUUGCUAGAAAUCCAAGAAACGGAGGCCAAAUACUACAAAACACUUGAAGAUAUAGAAAAGAACUACAUGAACCCGCUGAGGCUGGUACUGACUCCCCAGGACAUGGAAGCUAUUUUUAUCAAUCUGGAGGACCUAAUUAAAGUGCACUUCAGUUUCCUGAGAGCCAUCGACGUCUCUAUGAUGUCUGGAGGAAGCAGCCUGGCAAAAGUGUUUCUGGAAUUCAAAGAGAGGCUGCUGAUUUACGGCAAGUACUGCAGCCACAUGGAGUACGCCCAGAACACGCUCAACCACCUCCUGGCCAACAGGGAGGACGUCAGGCAGAAGGUGGAGGAAUGCACACUGAAGGUUCAGGACGGGAAAUUUAAAUUGCAAGAUUUGCUGGUGGUUCCAAUGCAAAGAGUUUUGAAAUACCAUCUCCUGUUAAAAGAGCUGCUCAGCCAUUCAUCAGACCGACCAGAGAAGCAGCAGCUGAAGGAGGCUCUGGAGGCGAUGCAGGACUUGGCCAUGUACAUAAACGAAGUAAAGAGGGACAAAGAGACUUUAAAGAAAAUAAGUGAAUUUCAGAGCUCUAUAGAAAACCUGCAAGUGAAGCUGGAGGAGUUCGGGAGGCCGAAGAUCGACGGUGAGCUGAAGGUCCGCUCCAUCGUCAACCACACCAAGCAGGACAGGUAUUUGUUUUUGUUUGAUAAAGUGGUGAUCGUCUGCAAAAGGAAAGGCUACAAUUACGAGCUGAAAGAAAUUAUUGAGCUGCUCUUCCACAAGAUGACGGACGACCCCAUGAACAACAAGGACAUUAAGAAGUGGUCAUACGGCUUCUACCUAAUCCACCUGCAGGGGAAGCAGGGCUUCCAGUUCUUCUGCAAGACGGAGGAAAUGAAGAGGAAGUGGAUGGAGCAGUUUGAAAUGGCAAUGUCCAACAUAAAGCCAGAGAAAGCCAAUGCAAAUCACCAUAACUUUCAGAUGUACACAUUUGAAAAGACUACCAACUGCAAAGCCUGCAGGAUGUUCCUAAGAGGAACCUUCUACCAGGGCUAUCUCUGCCCCAAAUGUGGAGCGGGGGCUCACAAGGAGUGCUUGGAGAUCAUUCCUCCCUGCAAGAUCGGUUCUUCAGCAGACCCGGAUUCCCUGAGUGCUGGACCUGGUCCUAAAAUGGUGGCGGUUCAGAAUUACCACGGAAACCCAGCCCCCCCUGGGAAGCCCGUGCUGACGUUUCAAAUUGGGGACGUGAUCGAGCUGCUGAGGGGGGACCCCGACUCGCCGUGGUGGGAGGGGCGGCUGCUGCAGACGAAGAAGUCGGGUUAUUUUCCCAGCUCGUCGGUAAAGCCCUGCCCCGUUGAUGCGAGGCCUCCCAACAGCCGGCCGCCCUCGCGGGAGAUAGACUACACAGUGUACCCAUGGUUCGCAGGGAACAUGGAGCGGCAGCAGACGGACAACCUGCUCAAGUCUCACGUCAGCGGCACCUACCUGAUCCGGGAGCGACCGGCUGAGGCCGAGCGCUUUGCCAUCAGUAUUAAGUUCAACGAGGAGGUGAAGCACAUCAAGGUGGUGGAAAAGGACAACUGGAUUCACAUCACGGAAGCCAAGAAGUUUGAAAGCUUGCUGGAGCUGGUGGAGUACUACCAGAGCCACUCGCUGAAGGAGAGCUUCAAGCAGCUGGACACGACGCUGAAAUACCCCUAUAAAUCUCGGGAGCGCUCUACCUCCAGGACCUUCACCCGCUCCCCAGCCUCCUGCGCUUCCUACAACUUUUCUUUUCUCAGUCCUCAGGGCCUCAACUUUUCUUCUCAGAGCUCCUCCAGUCCCUUCUGGUCAGUGUUCACCCCCCGGGUCAUAGGGACGGCGGUGGCACGGUACAACUUCGCGGCGCGGGACAUGCGGGAGCUCUCGCUGCGAGAGGGCGACGUGGUGAAGAUCUACAGCAGGAUUGGCGGGGACCAGGGAUGGUGGAAGGGGGAAACCAACGGAAGAGUCGGCUGGUUUCCCUCGACGUACGUGGAAGAGGAGGGGGUGCAGUGACUGCGGGGAUGCCUGAUGGAAAGUCGUCGAGCGCCCAGAGCCAGCCGCCGCAGACCGUGCACACUUGUCCCGACGCCCGCGGCUCCCCGCGGAGGAGCCGCUGCCGGACGCCUCCAGGACGGCUCUCGCAGACUCUUUAGCAAUCCGUUCCUCUGUACAGUCUGUGUGUGCGCGCGCGUGUCGGGGCCGCCGCCGGCCUCGCUCCUCCUCCGUGUAUAGAAGAUUGACGGUCUGUGGGAUGACGUUCGUGUAGCAGCCGCAGAAGAAUCCCGGGAAAGCCGCGCUCCCCUGCAUGGACAGAGCUGAGAGACUCUGUGCGGUGCCCACCGGAGGAUGGGGUCCAGCCCCCUUUCAGUAAAGGUUGUUUUAAAAGCCACCGUGGUGAUGGUGGUGGGAGGGUGAGGCUGAAGGUUGGUGCCUGGGUGUGCCAAGGUUGGGGGUUUCGAAGGGGUGGGAGCGACUCAGCCCCGAGGAGACAAAGCGGAAUCCCCCGCCAUGCUGCUCGGGUGGGCUCCCCGGGUCAGGAUUUCGGCAGUCUCCCUGGCAGCCCUAUGGCUGCGGCCGGGGUGAGGGGACAGAGCAGGGACACCGGACCCGGGAGGAGGCACUGGCUCUUGCUCGUCUCUGAAGGACGCCAGCUGUGGAACCAGGAGCGCGUUUUGACCAUCAGACGUAGGCUAGAAGUGGACCUCCAGGCCAGA